AAACAUUUUCGAGCCUCACACACAGUGCUGUGUUUUUCAAGUGUAUCUCAGUCGUGAACAGAGCAGUUUCCUGUGGAAUUAGUUUCUUUAUUUGUUUGCCUGUUUUUGGAUUUUUAUCUAGUGCCUCUAGAGUUACACUAUUUUUUUAUGUGUACCUCACAUCGAGAUAUUAUGAAAUCUGCUUGCAUGACUUCUCUCCUGCAUCACCACAUCGUUUCAACUUCCCUGCCAGUUUAUUGGAUUUAUUAUAUUAUUAUUCCAAUAUGGUGAGCCUUCCUGUGAUUCUUCUGUUUCUGUUGGGUACUACAGUAUCCAGAUCAGAGAUUCAGGUUGUUGGCCCUGCUCAUCCGCGGGUUGCCCUAACCGGUGAGGAUGUGGUUCUGCCCUGUGGCCUCAAACCCGGCGUCAGCGCCGAGGCCAUGACGGUGCAGUGGUCGCGUGGACAGUCCCUGGUGCAUCUGUACCAAGAUGGCGGAGACAAAAAUGAGCAGCAGCUGCAGUCGUACGGAGGAAGAACGACGCUGUCUAAGGAGGAACUGCAGAAAGGCAUCGCUUCACUGAAACUCUCCAGUGUGAGGAUCUCUGACGAGGGGAGCUACACUUGUUCGAUACGGUCUGACACUUGGUCGGGUGAAAUUACUGUCCAGCUCAGUGUCAUAGGAGCAACAGGGACACUCAAAGCUGGUCAAACCGACGGAGUCGGAGCUUCCGUGAUGGAGGCGGGUGUCACGACAACAAGUAAAGCUGUUCAAACCUGGUGUAUCGUAAUCGGGGUUGUGGUCUCACUCAUUGGCAUCACUAUAGCAUUGCAGGGCUGUUACACAGUGCAAGAACCUCAGAAAUCAGAGGCACAUCGUGAUGAGUGUGUUGCGCUCAGAGAGGGAGGGACCCCAAAUGGUGAGUCCAUUUUAUACCCUGAACAUGCUUUAGCUUUGCCACAGAACCUUGUAUUCAAGUUAAGCUCAUUGGAAAUUCAAAACAGUGUUAAUUAA